CAGAACUGCUCGCUUUUUCUCUUUAAUUUUCUUACUCCCAAAGAUCAUCGCUAGAAUCUCACUCUCCAUCAAGCUCCGCGAAUGUGUCCGGAGGGCAGAUUGAUGUUUUCGUUGAUCGUGUUAAGGUGAUCAGUUCGUUCUCUUUGGAUUCAAUCACUUCGAUGAGAAACAGGUGGAUUCUCAAAUCUGAUUAUCUAACAGAUAGUAGUCAGGCUGGAAAACUCUUGAUGGAGGAGCCUUAUGAAUGGCACAAGAACGGCCUCACUGAAUACAGUGCUAUCAAUUUGAAGGCUCCUAGGAAGUGUCGGUUCUUGAGGGAGAGAACAGGCCACGGUGCCUUUUAUGGGAUGCGUAGUAUCAUAUACGGGGAAUCUAUUGCUACACCUCUGGAUACUCUCAAGCAUGCAGUUAAGGCUGGAGAUGGGACAAUUCUAGCCACAUCUCCACCUUAUACUAAAUUCCUGAAGUCUGGAGUUGAUCUUGCUGUUGUCAGCCCUGCGCCACGUGUUGAUUUGUGGGUCCAAGAGUUCUUAAAUGAUGAGAUACCCUGUGUAGCGGCUGAUUACUUGGUUGAGUAUGUUUGCAAACCUGGUUAUCCUCUUGAUAAACAUGUUCUGUAUAAUACUCAUGCAUGGGCGGUAAAAUUCUUCUGCAACCUUCAGAGGAGAUCAGAAGAAGUUUCCAAGAGUCGAUCCCAGGAUGAUUGUAGUAAUAACGAUAUUGCCUGCCAAGAGUGCGGGUCUCGAGAUAGAGGGGAAGUGAUGCUCAUUUGUGGCCGUGAAGAUGGUUCAAAUGGUUGUGGAAUUGGCAUGCAUAUAGAUUGCUGCAAUCCUCCAUCAAUGGAUUGGUUUUGUUCAGAUUGCUGCAAUCCUCCAUCAAUGGAUUGGUUUUGUUCAGAUUGCUGCAAUCCUCCAUCAAUGGAUUGGUUUUGUUCAGAAACAGCAAGAACUCCCAAAAUAAAAGGAAAGGAUUCUGAGGGAAGCGGAAGUUGUUAGAAACCACGCACUCCGCACUCCACAAUGGUCUUUUAGAUGGUCUGGAGAAUUUCAUCAGUUGAUUAUCUGCUGCGGUUUGACUCUCUAAUCACUCAGGUUUGGAAGCAAUUUAGUUUGCAUGCUUCGUAAUUAAAAUGGUAAUACUGCUGUUUAUUUGAAAGUAUAGAGUUUGUGAAUAGUGACAUUUUCUUUUACUUUUGUAUCAUCUGCAACAUGUUUCUUUAAAUGUCCUAGGCUGGACUAGGAUAGAAAGGCUAGGCUUUUCUUGCUUUUCUGUGGAAACUUCUUGUUCUUGGGUCCCAUCAUCACCUUUAUGAUCAACCAACUCUUCCAGCAUA